CUGACGUCACGCGUGUGAACAACAAACGGUUGUUGGACUUUUCACAAGCUAGCUUACCUUGCGAGUGGUCGCGGCGGACAGAAACACCUUCGCCCUACUCGCUGGCCCUUUUUUUUUUGGGCUGCCCAAGCCUCAUGUGACUGGAAAACAUCCUCCCGUCUAAAGUGUGUAGUUACACGGACUGCGAGCAGCCGCCGCUCUUCAAAGAAGCUCGUGAUGUGACUUUACAGCAAGACGACCGACGGAGAAAGGGACGUAACAUCUUAUUUUUUCUUUUUUUUUUUUACCCCAGGAUAAUGGACUUUGUCCGGGUGAUGUGUGGUGCGGCGGGUAUGCGAGCAUACACGGCCUUGGGUGUCAUUGUUGCUCAUCAACUUUAGCCUGCUAGCUAACGGCAGCUCUCUUCAAAUACAGAUGAAAGUAAAGCUGACUUGGAUGACGUAAUGGAGGCACCCUGAGUGAGUCCUCAUCAAAAAAACAAAACUAAAUUGAGUGUGCAAAAGUUGUCUUGGUAGGCUGUUGCAUUGCUCAUGUCACAAACUGGCAUCUUCUGUUGUGUUAUUGAUUACCUCUACACUGGCCCUCCUAAUUCAAAAAUCAAUAUUUAAUUGUAGUAUUUGCUGCACCAACAAGGCGAUACAUUUCCUAUUUAGUUCCUUGUCUGCCAAGGUUUGUGUGGUAAUGACCUAGCCUAACUGGACAUGAAAAUAUGAAUAUCGAAGAGCAGCGUUUAGAUUUGUGCAAUGUCAAGACCAAAAAUAGUGAUGAUCACAACACCAGCAUCAUCACCGACGGGGUCAUCCCCUGCAUUUCCGAGCUGAUUGCAGAAACGAAUAUUCCGGCCGAGACCAUGCCUCAGCUCACUGACAACCUUCAGGUGGUGGAGGGGGACAACCACCAGGUGAAGGACACACUGGAGAUGGAUGAGGUCAAUGGGAACCGACAGAGCAGUGACCAAGACAACCCCAAUGACGGGGAUCACAAGGACAAUGGCGCCGUGGAUGAAACGAAGGACGCUAAGGAGCCUUUGAAUUAUAACGACCUAGCGGAGGACGACGGCGGGGAGAUGGACAUGGGUGUGGAUCUGAGCCUCGAUGAGAGCGGCGUCUUGGAGGAGGCCGAGUCGACACAUGUCACGUCGCCGUCAGAUGGUGUUUUGCAUCCCUCCGGCCGUGUUGUCCAGGCCGGCACCGAGGAAGAAACAGUCCAGGCGAACACUGAGGUUUCUGUUGCCGAGCUCCAGACUGUGCUGUACCCCACGGUGGAGGAAGGGGACGAGAAACACAAACUGAGUGGCAAGAGGGUGAAAUUUCCUUCGGAUGAGGACAUUGUUUCUGGAGCAGUGGAACCCAAGGACCCCUGGAGACAUGCUCAGAAUGUGACGGUGGAAGACAUCGUGUCGUCUUACAAGCAGGCGUGUCAGAAGCUGAACUGCAAACCUAUUGUCAAAGUGCUCAAACAGAUUCAGGAACUUAAAGACCUUACGCAGCGGAACGAAUGCUUGGAUCUAAAAGGUGAAAAGUUGGACUACAAGGCGUGCGAGUCUCUGGAAGAGGUUUUGAAGAGAGUCCAGUUUAAAGUGAUUGACUUGGAGCAGACUAACCUGGAUGAAGAUGGUGCCUCGGCUCUGUUUGACAUGAUCGAGUAUUACGAGUCUGCCACGCAUCUCAACAUCUCGUUCAAUAAACACAUCGGCACGCGAGGAUGGCAGGCUGCCGCUCAUAUGAUGAGAAAGACGAGCUCGCUCCAGUAUCUGGAUGCGAGAAACACUCCUCUGCUGGACCACUCGGCUCCCUUUGUGGCUCGAGCGCUCAGGAUCAGUGGCAGCCUGGCAGUCCUCCACCUGGAGAACGCCGGGCUGUCCGGGCGACCGCUCAUGUUGCUGGCAACGGCCCUGAAGAUGAACAUGAACUUGCGAGAGUUGUAUCUGGCGGACAACAAGCUCAAUGGCCUGCAGGAUUCAGCCCAGCUUGGCAACCUGCUCAAGUUCAACUACAACAUUCAAAUUCUGGACCUGCGCAACAACCACAUCCUGGAUUCAGGUUUGGCUUACGUGUGUGAAGGACUAAAAGAGCAGAGGAAAGGCCUCGUCACUUUGGUGCUAUGGAACAACCAGCUCACACACAACGGCAUGGGCUAUCUUGCUGCUGCACUACCUUGCACCCAGAGUUUGGAGACACUGAACCUGGGCCACAACUCAGUGGGUAAUGAGGGCAUCCACAAGCUGAAGGACGGAUUGAUUGCCAACCGCUCUGUGCUGAGACUAGGCCUCGCCUCCACCAAGCUGUCCUGUGAAGGCGCUGUGGCGGUGGCCGAAUUUAUAGCCGAGAGCCCUAGGCUGCUGCGCCUGGACCUCAGAGAAAAUGAGAUCAAGACUGGUGGACUUAUGGCAUUGUCGCUCGCCCUUAAAGUCAACACCUCUCUUCUACGCCUUGACCUCGACCGGGAGCCCAAGAAAGAAACAGUGAAGAGCUUCAUUGAGACCCAGCGUGCGCUGCUGGCUGAGAUCCAGAAUGGCUGCAAGAGGAACUUUAUCCUGGCCAAGGAGAAAGAGGAAACUGAUCAGAAGAUGAGGCAGUCGGCAUCCAUGGCUGAAAUUGCCACUGAAGAUGGAAAGGGAGAAGAAGAGAAGGAGGAAAGCAAAGCAGCAGGUGCGCAAGGGGACAAAGAGGAGGACAUAGCGACAGUUAGUGAAGGACAGCCAAGCAGCCAGUCAGCGGCGAGCUCUGAGACGCAGGUUCCUCAAAUUAACCUGGACUCUGACUCAGACACUGAGGAUGAGGAGGACGUUGAGGUUAUUACCAAGUCCUCCUCUGCAUCAAAUCAGAUUGCUCCUCAAGCCCAAGUGUUGGGCGAAACCACGUCCAAACACACGCCCCCGCCUGCCUCUGCCGGAACAAACGUCAUAUCUGGAAUCACCAUCACAGACGCCUCAGUCCCUCCGGGCACCCCUCCCUCUCCCGGCCGCUGCAUAUCCGUUUCAAGUCCAGGGCGGGGUCACAAGAUCUUCAUGGUAACUCGGGUGGAGAGCCCACCUGAGCCGCAAGUAGGUGAGGUUGCAGCUCCCGGUCUGAAGACUUUACAAACAAUCACAGCCACUGCAGAGGCGCCGCCCGCAUCGCAAACACAGCAGGAGGUUGCGAAGCAGAGUCCUCACGUCCACAAUACGACACUGAAUCACACACUAGAGCCCCCGCCCACACAGAAUGUCAUUGCCAGCACUUUAGAAACACAACUGACACCAGACUCGCCUUUAUCAGCUUUAUCUGCACAGGAUGCAGCCAAUCAGCCGCCUGAGGUUGCGGCGCACCGCUCUACAAACCCCCCGCCCGAGUCGCCCAGUGAGGAGCCUGCGGAAGGAAGGGAGAAAGAAGUUCCUGUAAUGGAGGAGGAGAAAGACACAAGCGGAAGCACCAAAGACAGAAUGCACCCAUGUGCAUCGCAAGACUCAGAGACACAGAACAAUACUGAAGAAGAUAAGCCCACACUUAACUCAUCCACUGUAACAGAGGAGUACAGCCAGAGUCCACACCCGCACAAGGAACCUAAACAGGAAGUAGAACCGCCUGUUCCCUCUAAACCGCCCACACCGGAGGACUCUGCCGACGAGAGCUCUACAGACGAGGACGAGUGUUUGGCCGAGGUUCUGACCGACGAAGAGGGCGAGGUCGCAGGUUCACUUCUGCCCAACGGCCUGAAGCAAGAGUUCUCUCGCCACCUUCUCGACACGGAGAGCCCCAAGCCCGGCAGCUGUGUGAUGGAACACGUGAGUGUCAGCUGCACACAAGACCUGGAGGAGCUGCUGCUGGAAGCCAGUUUGGAGACUGGGAGAGAUGCACCAUGAAUGAGGUCGUCUGAGGACAGGAGACGUCAACUCUCUUUGUCGCAUUUGUCCGACUUUACCCACCAAUUGUCCGAGCUCUUAACAACCCAAGCAAGUUCCUGAAGGACAAAAUCAAUGUGACAUCACUACAUUAACCACCCAAACACACUGAACACACAAUGUGUGUGUGUGUGUGUGUGUGUGUGUGUUACCAUGUUGUCAUCACUACACCUUCAAUCUUCACAGGAUUGGAGCAUAGAAAAAAAACACUAACCAAAGACCAACCCUUUUGUCAUGUUUGUGUGGACUCCAGGAUACAGAGACACGCUAAUGGAAAUAGUGCUCCCACCUGCUUUGACGUGGUCAUAAUGAAGACUUCAUCUUUUGUCCUCCUGCUCCUCUGGUUGCUUAAAAACUUUCAAAGGGACCUUUGCCAAAGUGACCUCCCUAUCGUCUCGUCUGUGUGUCGCUUUGGCCCCCUCAGGAACAAACUCCACCCAAACCUCCGCCGUCAGGUUUAUUAAUCAUAGUCUUUACAACACGUUCAAUUCCAUCGAACAUCUCCUCCUUUUUUUGUUUGUGUUUCCAUUUGGCACCUUUGACAAAUCAAGUAUUUUCUAUUUAUUUAAUGGAUAUACAAGUGUUUUGAUUUAAAGCCCAUUUUAUCUUUUCAUUUAUUCUUCAAGACCCCUCCUUAUUUGAUGUAUAUUUCAAUAAUUCGUUUUUUGAAAAGGGGAAGUUUGGAAUGGUUGACUUCCGAUGCUGUCGGGGCCCCUCUUGUGGUGUGCUGCUCCGCCGGCUGGCUACCACAAGGCGCUGGCAAACUGCAGCCAAGUCCAAUAACACUUAGAGUGAAUAUUUACUGCAGUUCCACCCAGCAGACCAUUCUAACAUUGCUGUGCUGCCCCUAAAUUACUGUAAAUGCUUUCAUUUUUAGACAUUUUUAAAAAAUCGUUAACUUAAUUGAACUGUGCUGGUAAUCACAAAGGUAUGUAUGCAGGCAAAAUGUGUUCCAUUCCCAAUAAAUGCAUGUCAUGGCUCAA